CUGCGGGCGGCGGCGGCGGCGGCGGCGGCGCCGGCCUGAGGGAAGAUGGCGGCGCCCUGGUGGCGAGCCGCGCUGUGCGCAAGUCGGCGGUGGCGGGGCUUCAGCACCUCAGCCUCCCUGAGCCGCCGGGCCGCUCCGCUGGGGCCGAUGCCCAACGAGGACAUCGAUGUGAGCGACCUAGAGCGACUGAAGAAGUACCGCAGCUUCGACCGCUACCGGCGCCGGGCGGAGCAGGAGGCGCGGAAGCCGCACUGGUGGCGGACCUACCGGGAGCAUUUCGGGGAGGAGUCAGGUCCCAAAGACAGGAUGGACAUCGGGCUGCCUCCACCCAAGGUCUCUCGGACCCAACAGCUGUUAGAGCGGAAACAGGCCCUCCGGGAGCUGCGGGCCAACGUGGAGGAGGAGCGAGCUGCUCGCCUCCAAACAGCCCGCAUCCCACUGGAGGCCGUGCGGGCCGAGUGGGAGAGGACCUGUGGCCCCUACCACAAGCAGCGUCUGGCCGAGUACUGCGGCCUCUAUCGAGACCUGUUCCACGGUGCCACCUUCGUGCCCCGAGUCCCCCUGCAUGUGGCCUACGCCGUAGGUGAGGACGACUUGAUGCCUGUGUAUCAUGGCAACGAGGUCACUCCGACAGAGGCUGCCCAGGCCCCGGAGGUGACCUAUGAGGCAGACGAGGGCUCCCUGUGGACCCUGUUGCUCACCAACUUGGAUGGACACCUGCUGGAACCGGAUGCCGAGUAUGUCCACUGGCUGGUAACCAACAUCCCGGGCAACAGGGUGACUGAAGGACAGGAGACGUGUCCCUACCUCGCUCCCUUCCCUGCCCGAGGCUCUGGUUUCCACCGCUUUGCCUUCCUGCUCUUCAAGCAGGACAAACGAAUCGACUUCUCUGGGGACACCCGGCCCUCACCCUGCUACCAGCUUGCCCAGCGGACCUUCCACACUUUCGAUUUCUACAAGAAGCACCAAGAUGCCAUGACUCCAGCUGGCCUGGCCUUCUUCCAGUGCCGCUGGGAUGACUCUGUCACCCGCGUCUUCCACCAGCUCCUGGACAUGCGAGAGCCCGUCUUUGAGUUUGUGCGGCCGCCCCCUUAUCACCCUAAGCAGAAGCGCUUCCCCCACCGGCAGCCCCUGCGCUACCUGGACCGGUACAGAGACAGUCACGAACCCACCUAUGGCAUCUACUGACAGGCCAGAGUGCCACCCACCUCAGAGAGUAGGCUGGGCCUCUUGGGCCACCCUGUCAGGCUCUGCAGGCAGGAGCAGUAGAGAAACGAGAUACGGGCGCCAAGGGGCCAGGCAUUGGGGUUCCCAGCCCUGCCGGAGGCAGCCCCUCUGCCGCCCUCUCAGCAGGCCCAGAACUUGGAGUGAAGAAGGCUGGGCGGGCUUGGUAAGGAGGUGUCCUGAAGGCUAUGAAUAAAGAUUUUUGCGGUA